AUGGUAGGUGGUCUUAGUGGGAGGAACAUUCAUAUUUGGAAUCAGGCAGCUGUUGAUAACUUAGCUUGGCGUAUUCAUACUCUACAGGAGUCCUUAUGGGUCAACACAAACUAUUCCAUCAAGGAGGAUUAUGAACAUAGUUUGGCGAAUCAGCAUAAGGUUCGUUGGAGACACCUAGUGUGGAAUAGGAUUUCGAUACCCAAGACUAGGUUUGUUUUUUGGUUAAUAGCUAGACAAGGACUAAAGACCAAAGAGAAGCUUUUUCAGUUGGGAGUGGUGGUUGAUCACUCAUGUCCCUUGUGUGGUUUACAACCUGAGACUCAUAGACAUCUUUUCUAUAAUUGCUCUUUUAGUCGUUUAUGUGUGGAGGCGGUCAAAUCAUGGAUUGGAAUCUCCUUGAAGCCAAUCACUCACAUGAAUUUUAGGAAUCGUCGUCUAUCCAAAACCAAGCAGCAAGUGUUAACAUCCAUUUUUACUUGCACGUUCUAUCAUAUUUGGAAGUGCAGGAAUAAAGCGGUUUGA